CAAUGUGGAAUUGCGGGCUUUGCCUCUUGUCAUACACUCAUAACAAGCAAUCAAGCGUCACAUGUUCAAAUCAAUCCGAUCAUCCUAGAGUAUAUCCCAUAAACAGUAAUUAGAUAUAAUUAUGUCUUAUCUUGAAAGUUUUAACAAUUUAGUAAGUUAAUAAAAGCGAUGGAACUUUAUUAAGUGAAAUGACUUAUACUUCGGACCGCUUCGAUUAUACACUGAGUGUUGAUUACAUUCUUAAUGCAAUUUCAAGAAAACGAUUUUGGACUGCAGACUGAGAUUCAAAAGAUUACGAAAUUCAAAUCUGCUGAUGAAAAGUGACUAAAAUCAUCAUUUGAAGAUCUUUCUUAUGUUUAAUGUCAACAACAACAAUGGAAAGGGUGGAAUGUUUUUGAGGGAUUUAUCUCUGACGGAAUAAUUUAAUUUCAAGACUAAUUCAAAAGAAUUUGAUCAUCACAAUGAAUCCGACCAUAACGCAGUCUAUACCCAGUCUGAUUUCCACCAUCAGUACUGAGGCCUUCACACAAAAUGGAAGGAUCCUCGUCUCAGACAGCGAAUGCAGUGAUGAAGACCGCGUUCUCGAAGUUUCUGACAACGAUAGUGACAGAGAAGAUAACAAAGAAGACAAACAGCCCCGAAACAUAACACAUCGUGUCGACACUACCGCCAGGUAUCAGUUAUCCGAUUUUCACUGGUUCGAUACCACCUCUGUUUCUUACCAUUAUACCCCGGAUGGUCGUUACUACCGAUCGCCAAUCGUCAAUAUCCAGCCGAACGUUUGCAUGUCUAUCCUUGACGGCUGGAAGUGCAUGAUCUCAAACGAGAUCAUCGAGAAGAUAGUCUUGCACACGAACCAGGAAAUCCAAGAGAAGGCUACGAAGUAUAAAGAGCGCACAAGGUACAUCGCGACAACAACCAAUGCAGAAGUCCUGGCCUUCAUUGGCCUCCUCUACAUGUCUGGAGUGAUGAAAGAGAGUCACGUCAGUGUGGAAGAGCUCUGGUCAGAUAUGUACGGUCCUCCAAUAUUCCACGCGACGAUGACACUCUCGAGGUUUCGUUUUCUGACCGCCUGCAUCCGAUUCGACGAUAAAUUGACGAGGCCGCUCAGGAAAACGGCCGACUCGUUUGCUGCAAUUCGCGAGAUUUGGGAUAUGUACGUCACGAAUUGUAGAAACUAUUACAGCCCCUCGGAAUUCUGUGCGAUUGGAAGCAAUCUUCUUGGCUUUCGGGGAAGGUGUCCCUUUAGGGCCUAUAAUCAGAAUCAUCCGGAUAAAUGCGGCAUCAAUAUUCUUGUUCUCUGCGAUACACGAACGAACUAUAUGCUGAACGCCGUGCCAUAUUUGGGAAAUUCACCAGAGACUACAGACGAGAAUAACAGAUCUUAUUAUGUGAAACUUUUGGCGGAGUCGAUUCGCGGAACCAACAGAAACAUCACAAUGGACAAGUGGUUCACUUCCUGUUCCCUGGCAGAUACACUGCUCUCUGAUUAUAAACUAACGAUGGUCGGGCCACUGAAGAGGAACAAGUUGGAGUACCCGAUGAGCUUUGUGAGUGCCAAGGGUAGAGAAGUUGGCACUUCUUGUUAUGCCUUCGAUAACGAGAAAACUUUGGUGUCCUACGUCCCUGCGGCGAACAAAGCUAUGAUCCUGAUUUCUACUUUGCACAGAGAUGAUUCGAAUGACGAGGAAACUGGCAGGCCAAAGAUUUUGAAUUUUUACGAAAAGACCAGAGAUAAUGUGGCACAUUUUGUGCAGCUCUGUCAAAACUAUACAACGGCGAGGAAAACUAGAAGAUGGCCCUUGAGGGUUUUUUAUGGGAUGCUGGAUCAGGGCGCGAUCAAUGCGAUGAUUAUUUACUCGAUGAUUAAUCUGGAAUGGAAAGUUGAUAGGACCAAUACAAGAAGGUCGUUUUUGAAGGAGCUGGCUCUGGCUUUGGUCAAACCGUAUAUGGUGGAGAGACAGAAGAUUCCGACACUGAGGAAAGAUCUCAAGUUGAUUAUUAAUAAUAUGGUGGGAGAGGAGGAGACCGCAGCGCCGCAAUUACUUCCUGGAGGAAGCAAAAAAAGAUGCGGUCUGUGUCCGAGGAAGAAGGAUAAAAAAACUGCUUUGCAGUGCCAGUCGUGCGCAAAACCUGUAUGUUUGGACCACAGGGCGAUGAUCUGUGUAUCGUGUGUUCGAAUUGGUCGGAUUAAUUAGAAAAAAAGCCGGCGGAACCUAAAACUGGUAAAAUUGACACAUAUGAUAUUAAGUAAUAAUUACAGAAUUACAGUAAUUUGGUAAGUAUUUUUGCUAAAACUAAGAAUUAAGCAAAUUCAAUGCCAUUUCUUGGUUUUUAUGAUCCAUUGGUCACCCUGAAUGAUAUUGUAAUAAUAAUUUUAAUAAUUUUUGUUCAGAAAGUAUUUUGGAAAAGUAUUUAAAGUGCAAGAAAGUAAUAUAUCAAAAUGGAGACAUAUUGUCUGGUUCUGAAGCUAAACAAAUUUAUCUCCGAUCUAUUGAACGCAUUUAUUGUCUACUUCCAAAUUUUAAAUAUUAUAUAUGUGCAUUAAGAAAGCAGAAAAAUAUUUCUCACUAUAAACGUAAGAAAAAACAGUGAUAAAACAUCACAUAGAUAGAUUAAGUGUCUAAAAAAGUUCCUUUUUGCGUUUAUUAAGAAUACUAAUCUCUAUAACAAUGGAAUGAAAAUUAUUGUGUUAAAAUACAUAAACAACAAACAGGAUUUAUUUAAAAUAAUUUAUCGUAAAAAGCUUGUUACUAUUUUAUAAAGGGUAAGAACUGUUGAAUUUCAAAAUUUUAUUCUAAGAAGCUGAAUUUCUAAUUAUGAAGGUAUCAAUGAAGAAGAUAUCUAAAAAAAUGUAUAUUUCUUUUUAAAAAAGUAGUAACAAUGCUGUUUUACAUGUUCUGUUUAAU